AUGUUCGCAAACACAGCUCACAAGUCAUGGCGGGAUCACCAUUCUGGAAAGUCGUCUCCUGACUCCUACAGGUAUUCGUCCAGUCUGAGUUCCCAAGUUGCUCUCGACACGCCGAGUACCGAGCCCACGACGCCGGCAGAGGUCCCUCUCCUUGUCCUGCCGAAACGCCGGGGUCAUCAGCAUGCGGCAAAGACCAGCGCCAAACCAGCGCAUAUACGAAAGGUGUCUCGUGACGAACGAUCCUCGACGUCUAUCGACCUGUCGCGAUCGUCAAUUGAGCUCGAGGGGCUUGGGAUUUAUACAAAUUUAGAGAGAGAUAUGAGGUUUCAACAGAAUCGGCACAGUGCGUCGAACCUUCACCGAUCGAUCAGUGAAAUCUCACCUUCGCCAAGUAUAACCAGACUAGGCCAAGCUUAUGUACAUCCACGACGUCAGUUGCCCACACCAAGCAGUCCGCUUGGUAUACCCCAGCGCCACUCUGUGGAUGGAGGAUACUUUUCGACCGUGAACCGGAGUCUGACGGGUAUCACAAGCGCAACGUUUUCGAUCCCAGACGAUGAGCAGGAAGACAACGACAGCAACUUUUUUGAUGAAGCAGACACACCAACAACAACAUCACUAGAACUUAGACGUUCUACACCAAUAAUACUCCAAAGAGCGCACACCGAUACGGCGCUUAGCAGAGCUUCCUCGUGGAAGGAAUCCGAAUUUCUAUCAUCAACAGAGUUCACCUCUCAUGCAGCCGCUGUGCGAGCUGCCCGGAUUGCUUUUGCACAGAAAGAAGCCUCCAAAGCACGGAAACUCGAGGAGCAGCAGAAAAAGAAGACGCAGCAGCGAGAUGAGCGUCGACAUCAACGAUCCGUCAGUCACAUGGUGAAAACAAAACCGAUUCCUACUGCCGGUAACGAGGAACGCCAUCGGCGCACAAUCAGCGAGGCAUAUGUCCAUCCCAGUCGCAACGGAGGAAUACACCCACGAGAGUCCUAUAUCGACCUUGAGGAAGACAUGGCCUCAGACCAAGUGACUUCUAUUCCAUCCCUCCCAGGCAGAACAACAACACCGUCAUCUGCCCUGGGCCCGCCGAAACUCCCCGCAGCAACAAAACAUAACUGGAACAAAUUCCUUACAUGGGGGAAAACUCGCUACUAUAAAGCAAAGAGAAAGGUAUCCGUGCCUGUAUCGACUCUUAGGUAA